AUGCAAGAAUUCUCAGAGUCCGCACGUGUCUCCUCAUUGAUACAGCAAGUGAUUUCACUCGAGGAAGAGGUUGAAGCUCUUACCAAAGAAAACACACUCCUUCGCCACCAAGUCAGUUCUGAAUCAACCACUAUCAUCACUAAUAUUCAAGCUAAAAUAGACGAAUCUACCCAAACUCUUCUUAAUGCCCUCUCAACCCAACCCCGCCAAAACCAACCACAAUCCCACUACCCACACCCAUCUCAACCCCAACAACUCUUCCUCCCCGAUAUUCAAGCCGCAGCCACAACCACCCACCAAAUCAAAGAAACCCUUAUCUCACUCGAACAAGAGCUCAACGGCCUCUGCAACCAAACCAUGCACCUCCUUCAAGACAACCAAACCAAAGACAAACAACUCCACCUCUACUCCAUUGUCAAUGAUAAACUCGUCCAAAUCAAAGACGCCUUCCUCGCCAACCACCAACAACAGCAACAGCAACAAUCCCACCACCAGCAGCAACAAUCACCCCAACACGAAAACCUCUCCCCACACUCUACCUUCAACCAUCACCACAAUCCCUCUUAA